AUGGUAAAACUAUACUGCAAGUUUUCAGAAGUAAAGCUAGUGUAAUAUAAGGAGCAACUUGAAAUUAAAGUCAUUAUAUGCUAUAGAUCUACUUUCAAACCAAGCAAUUUUCAGUUUUUUAAUGCAAGAAUCUGACCAUAUUGAACCUUUUGUGAAAUCUGCUUAUGGAAAUUAUCAUCAUCGCUCUUGCAUGAUUUUCCUAGUCUUGUAGAUUCCUAUUGAAAUGACUGCAUUUGCGUGGGAAAAUUCACCAAACAACAGUAAAUCUGCUUCCACCUUACAAUAUGAGCAUCCUUACAGUAUUUAAAGCUGAACAGGUGGCGCUUAUGGAAAAGCUGAAUUAGAGCUCUGCACAGGCCUCAAAACUAGGCCCUAGCCUGAGAUGCCCAGGUCCUAGCCCAGCUCAUGUCCAACAGCUUAUCAGAAUUACCAGCCAGCAGCAUACAUGAUUGUGACAUCAUGGCCUCAGGAUCUCCAGACGUCACAGUCACUACUGAACCACCAGAAGCAGCAGAAGAGUGUUCAGGGAAAAAGAAGUCCAAAUUCCAGACGUUCAAGAAUUUUUUUGUAAAGAAAAAGAGGAAGGAAAGUCCCGCACCAUCGAGUGAAAGUGGUUUAAAGGCCAGUCAAUCAAGUGAUGACGUCAACACCUCAGAGCCAACCAUCAGCCAUGCCAACAGCGACAAUGACUGCGGAUCCAAGAUCAACAUGGGAAGCAAGACCAUGUCACAUGAUAGUGUCUUCGUGUCUGAUUCGCCCUCAUCAGAGACUCAUGAGGGUCUGGGGGAAUCCCAAGACGGCAUUCAUGGGAAAGUGAAGUCUCUGCAGCUGCAGUUGAAGCAGGCGAUUCGUCUGGGCUCUCCGCCAUCACUCCAGAGCGGGAGGAAAGGAGAGGACACAGGGGCUCUUUCUGAAGAUGAUGGUCUUCCCUGCAGCACUGUGCUGGCCACACCUCUUCACUCAUCGGUGGAUUUGACCCAGAGUUCCUUGAGCAUUGAGGCUUCAGAGAGUGAAGAUGAUCAGAUGUCUUGUGAAGCUUCUUCGAGACCCGGCACACCUCAGGGCUCUGUCCCCGCGGACUUCAGUUUGCCCGCCAGUUCUGUCUCCUGCUUAGACAGCUCAGCUGCCCGUCACCGCAUCGCUGUCAAAGCCAGCGCUUGUGCCAAGAGAAAGCCUGUCAGCAGACAAAUGUUGGUCAAGAGAAGAGACCUGAGGGAAAGAGUGCUGCUCAGAGACACAGAGGAUAAACUACGGAUGAUGGUCACAACUAUUGAAGAAGAACAUAAAGAUUUGCCCGGAGAACAGGUGAAUGAUUCAGACCGUGAGUCAUUUGCUUCUGAACAGGAGGAAGAGGAAGUAAGCGACUCCAGCCAGUGUCAAAAAACCUCUCCAACAUCCUCCAUCUCAGCUGGAGACAUCUCUGAAGAAGAGGAACAUGUUCCUGGCGAGGAACACGUCCCCAAGUAUGAGAUCCCAGAAUCCUCUUGGGAGAGUCCAGUAACUCUUGAGCUGCAGGCCGAAGACUUCCUGUUGGACACAGGAUGUGAGGUCGUUCCUGAGGAGCGGGGGUCAUUGCUGGAGGAAGUGUUGAGCUCCCUGAAGAGCCCUCUAGCGUCAGGACUAGCACUGGAGCAUGAGAACAUGCUUCUGCAGAGUGAGGUGCAAGACAUAAGUGGUGAGAGCGUAGCUGCUCAGCUUGAGGAAGAUCUUCUCAAUCCCUCAGAGCCUACGGUGAGCACAAAGGAAGCGGCUCCUCUGCCUGACUCGCUUUCUGAAUCAUCUGUGGAUUCAGAGGAGAUCGCGGAGGAGACCACGGAGGAGGAGGAGCUGCUGGAGGUGCCAGAGUCUGCUGAGGAAGUGCCUGAAGAUGAUGUGGAGAAACAAGCAGAUGAGGCUGAGAGUGCCAAAGAGAGCCAAGUGUUAUUAGAAUCGCCAAAAGCCUUCGCAGUACACGAGAAAGAACCAGAUGAAGAUGUUGUUGAGGAUGAAGCUGAAUUGGAGAGAGAAAACAAAGAGGGUGCGGAUGAAGAUGAUGAGUCGACGGUGGUGGAACCUGAGAUUCAGAAGAACUGUGCAAAUGAUGUUGAACAUCAAGAGGCUGGAGGUCGGACAGGUUCUCUAGAGCCUGAGAAAGAUGAGACUUCAGCCGAUGAAAGAGAAUCAACUGCGGUCGAUGCUGAGAACGUUCCUGAAUCCACUCCCACAGUCAGAGAUGACGUCUGGACUUCAGCAGAAACCACCGGUGAGCCUGAACUUUCUACAGUGUCCCCUGUGCUGGAGAGUCCACUUCUCCAUUCUCAGCUCUCCAGUGCAUCGGUGUCUCCUGUAGAGCAGGAAGAGGAUGUGUCUGGGGAGCCUCAGGAAGUGUCUUCAGGAAAAAUUCAGGGUGUUUCUGAGCAGCAAGUUCUGGAGACACCUACAAAAGAGCCCAUGAGAAUCCUUGAGGUCCGCCCUCGGUUCACCAUCGCCCCUGCUUGGCAAAGGUCAUUGGCUUCUGGAGGCGCCCAAGAGCAGACCCAGGCCAUCUCACUGGUGCUACCAGAAACGAAUGCUUUUAAUGGAUCUCCCCAAACAACUGAACUCAUUAAACCAGUCCGAGCUCAGAGUUCCCCAACACUUCCUGUGCAGAGAGAGACGCCCCCAGAGAACCCGUUUGGAGUGCGCUUGAGAAAGACUCCGGUCCUGCGCCGCUAUGGUUUAGAUGGAGAAUCGCCUUGGACCCCCACUCAAACAGAGUCUUCAGCGGCACAGGAGACCCAGGAGCACGAGCAGAGCGACAGGAAGCCCAUCCUACCAAAGAAGCCUGAUCUGCUGGCUGACACCGUGAUGUCCGUCAGGAAGAUCCCAGACGCAGUGGGGAGAAUCUCUGUUGGUGGCACUGAUUCUCCGAGCUGGAUCUCUGUGGCCAGACAGAAACAGAGGAACUUCAUCGAGAGCUCGCCUGAAAACUCUCCAGAGAAACUUCCCGCGCAGGGGGAUUCAACGGAGAGUUUAUCCAAUCCAAUCGCCAAAGAGCAACCGGCACGGCCGUGUUCACCUUUACAAGUGUUCUGCUCCCUUGAACUGUCCAACACAUCACCGGUAGAGAAGGAAAGCAAGAGAAUCACUAUCCCGUCCACUGCGCCUUUGGCCCAAGAUGAGCCUCCCUGGCUGGCUCUCGCUAAGAAGAAAGCCAAAGCAUGGAGUGAAAUGCCCCAGAUUGUUCAGUGAAAGGCCCUGCUGGCAUAUGGACUUCAUAAUUCUUCCCUAUAUUUACAUACACAUAAACAAUGCAUCUGAGCAGUAAUAGGAACCAUAUACAGACUAAUUUUGCUUAAUCUGCCCGGUGUCACUUAUGUUUUUGUGACAUCAUAAAGGAAACAAUGCACAUUAGACUGGGGCUUAUGGGUAAUACAUUGCAUUUGUAUUAUACAGGUGCUGGUCAUAUAAUUAGAAUAUCAUCAAAAAGUUGAUUUAUUUCACUAAUUCCUUUCAAAAAGUGAAACUUGUAUAUUAUAUUCAUUCAUUAAACACAGACUGAUCUAUGUCAAAUGUUUAUUUCUUUUAAUUUUAAUGAUUGUAACUGACAACUAAGGAAAUUCAAGUAACUCAUCGAAUUAGAAUAUUACUUAAGACCAAUACAAAGAAAGGAUUUUUUGAAAACUAGGCCAACUAAAAAAUAUGAAAAUGAAAAGUAUGAGCAUGUACAGCACUCACAGUGGACUAACACCAGCAGAUGCAUUGGCACCCCAAACCAUCACUGACUGUCCUUCACACUGUGCUUGGACACAGAGCUCUGUGAACAGCAGCCUCUUUUGCAAUGACCUUUUGUGUCUUGCCCUCCUUGUGCAAGGUGUCAAUGGUCGUCUUUUGGACAACUGUCAAGUCAGCAGUCUUCCCCAUGAUUGUGUAGCAUACAGAACUAGACUGAGAGACCAUAUAAAGGCCUUUGCAGGUGUUUUGAGUUAAUUAGCUGAUUAGAGUGUGGCACCAGGUGUCUCCAAUAUUGAACCUUUUCACAAUAUUCUAAUUUUCUGAGAUACUGCAUUUGGGAUUUUCCUUAGUUGUCAGUUAUAAACAUCAAAAUUAAAAGAAAUAAACAUUUCAAAUAGAUCAGUCUGUGUGUAAUGAAUGAAUAUAAUAUACAAGUUUCACUUUUUGAAUGGAAUGAGUGAAAGAAAUCAACUUCUUGAUGAUAUUUUAAUUAUAUGACCAGCACCUGUAAUUUGGUUUGCAGCAAAACACAUUUACAUUUUUUCAAACAGACUGUUAUGUAACAGGUCGGUUCAUAAUGCUUUAAACUGAGGAAAAAAAUACUAACGAGUUUUGGAUAAAAAAAAAUUAGAGAUUGACUAUGUGAAUACCGUAAUUGCUCUUUACUAAGUAAUUUUGCUAUGUUACAUUAUAGCCUUUAAAGAACACAGUAAGACAGUUAUCAUGAAUGGAGCGGAAGGUGUCUUUGUAUUUAUUUAUCUCACUCUUGUAUGUUUUAUGUAUUUUUGUAUUUACGUGCACAGAUUUGUGACUUGCACAUAAAAUGUGAAGUACAAGAACAAUAAUAAAAUGGAGCCAUGUUUAUUUGACCCAGCCACA